GAAGGAUCCACUUUACAAGAAUUGCCUCUGACUCCGUAGUUCAUCAGUUGACACAGGGACUUAAGUGGCAAUCCCGGCCCGAUUGUUCAUUGUUGAUGUCAGAGACCGACCCUAGAGUGCUCAUUAUGUGGUCCAUCCGCUCUUAUCGCCGCCCGCUCGGCUUUAUGGUCGAUCUCCGUGGAGACUAUGAGAAUGCGCCUCAUGUGUACAGCGUAACGUCGCCAGACAUUGAGAGAUGUCCUUCUAAGCAUACAGUGCCGUCUGGUCUUGCACCAUCUGAAACCAACCGUCUACUACAUUUAUCAAACCCUCAAAAAGGUCACCCAUUUGAAAGACAUCAUCAUGUCUCUUACGGGAAAAGUCAUUCUGAUCACCGGAGCAUCCGCCGGGAUAGGGAAAGCCGUGGCACAGCGCGUGGCCCAGAGCGGUGCCAGCGUUGUGAUCAAUUAUCUACGUGAUGCCACCUCUGCCAAUGCCCUGGUCGACGAGAUCGGCCUACACCGGGCUCUCGCCGUGCAAGCCGACGUUUCCAGAACCGAUGAUAUCCACCGUCUAGUCGAGACGACGGUUGCGAAAUUCGGACACAUUGACGUGGUCAUCCCGAAUGCUGGCAUUCUCCCGAUGAAAGACCUCGACAGUACCACGGAAGCCGACUUUGACGCCGCAUUCGCGCUCAACGUGAAAGGGCCGUAUUUCCUAGCGCAGGAGGCAGCGCGUCAUAUGCCUUCCGGGGGCCGCAUCAUUUUUGUAUCGACGGGCGUUACAUCCUUCUCCGCGGCGGCGCCUUCUUACCUUCUAUACGCCGCCACGAAAGGCGCAAUCGAACAGAUGACUCGGAUCGCCGCCAAAGAUCUCGGACGCAAAGGGAUCAUGGUUAAUGCCGUGGCCCCUGGUCCGACGCAGACCGAGUUGUUCCUCCAGGGCAAAUCAGAGGAGACAUUGCGCCUUAUAGCUAGCGCCAAUCCGUUCAAGCGUGUCGCGGUCCCGGAGGAGAUCACGGGGACCUUUAAUUUCCUCUGCGGACCCGAUAGUGCCUGGAUUUCGGGGGAAGUGAUUCGAGUGGAUGGGGCAAUGGCACUGCAUUGAGGAUGGGAUAGGUAGAUAGAUAGAUGGAGAAACGAAUGAGAGAAAUGAAUAGUCCUGAUCAUGAUCGAUCCAGAUCGCAUCUAGUGCGUAGUACUCCGGAGUAUGACCUCAGAGGAUGACAUGGCUACUCCGGAGUCGUGCUCCGUCGACUAGCCAGCGUUAAGAAGGACCGCUUAACUCUUAAACAAGAAAAAG